UACUGACUCUACUGGACUCUACUGAUUCUACUGGACUCUACUGUCUCUAUUGACUCUACUGUUGGUGUCAGAGCUCAUUAUGUGCUUGCUGUUUUCUGCCUUCUUAUUUGUGGCCGUCGGAUAUUUCAUCGACGCCUCUCCGACGGUCCCUCCGACUCUGGAGGACAAUGUGGUGUCUCGGCUCCAGGAGGGGGCACCACCCCUGGACUGUCCAUCUUGCUCACUGCUUCAGAUCAGGAGGAACUCUACUUCGUCAGGAGGACAGAGCGACAUGGUGGAGGCGGUGAAGCGUCACAUUCUCAAUAUGCUGCACCUGAGCACUCGGCCCAACCUGACACAGCCAGUUCCUCGCGCUGCGUUGCUCAAUGCCAUCAAAAAGCUGCACGUAGCCCGUGUGGCUGAAGACGGCAGCGUAGAGAUCCAGGAAGAGGGCCAGGGCCCUGGAGCCUAUACACCACCUGAACCACCGUCUGAAAUCAUCACCUUCGCAGAGCCAGGAGAUUCUCUGGACACGGUGACCUUUGACAUUUCGAAGGAGGGCAGCAGCUCGUCGGUGGUGGAGCAGGCGAACGUCUGGAUCUUCCUGAAGAUGUUGAAGGGAAACCGAGUUAAAGGCAAAGUGACACUGCGGCUGCUGCAGCUUCAUCGUGAGAAUGAUGAUGAUGAGGAGGAGUGUGUUUCAGAAAAGAUGGUGGAUACUCGUCGCAGCGGCUGGCACACCCUAGUUGUCUCCCGCAGCAUUCAGACUCUGCUGGAUGGCGGUGGUAGCUCGCUCCAUCUGCGGGUCUCCUGCCCACUAUGUGCCGAGGCUGGAGUCUCGCCCAUCCUGGUGCCAGCUGUCGAUAAGCAUGUCAGUGGGCAGGACCAGUCUCACCGCCCAUUCCUCAUGGUGGCGCUGCGAGCUGGAGAGGAGGCGACUCAGCGACGAGUCAAACGAGGCUUGGAGUGUGACGGGAAAAUACGUGUCUGCUGCAAACGACAGUUUUACGUGAACUUCAAAGAUAUUGGCUGGAAUGACUGGAUUAUUGCUCCAUCCGGUUACCAUGCCAACUACUGCGAGGGUGACUGUCCAAACCACAUGGCUAGCUUCAGCGGGUCAUCCCUGUCCUUCCAUUCCACGGUCAUCAAUCAUUAUCGUAUGAGGGGCUACAGCCCUUUUCAAAACAUCAAGUCGUGCUGCGUGCCAACCCGGCUGCGCGCUAUGUCAAUGCUGUACUACAAUGAAGAGCAGAAGAUCAUCAAGAAAGACAUCCAGAACAUGAUUGUGGAGGAGUGUGGCUGCUCGUAAGGACUCAUAAAGACACCAGAAAUGCUUCCUGCUUCCUGCAGAAAAAUACCAGUUCAGCACUUUUAAAGAUCAA